CUUCAGAAUCAGUUCACGUUGUGUAUUAGGCCAAUUCAGUCAUCGCGUUGCAAAUCAUGAUAACAGACGUGCUGUGUGCGAUUUGCAGCUGGAUUGUGUCAUCCAAUUUGGUGGUACUGAUUUGUUUGGCUCUAGUGCUAGCAUAUCGUUUCGGAUCCCAUAAUCAUGAUUUCUUCACAAGCAAAGGAAUACCUGGUCCGAGACCACUUCCGUUUGUGGGAAACACGUGGCAGUGGCUGCUGGGAAAAGUAUCGUUCUUUGAUGUAUUUCAAGAGUUGUACCAGUCGUUCAAAGAACACAAACUGUUCGGGCUGUUUGACUUCAUGGGGCCAGUCUAUGUGUUGCGAGAUUUUGAUUUGGUGAAACAGGUUUGCAUCAAGGACUUUGACAGCUUUACUGAUAGACGGUUUCAGUUCAACGAGGAGUCGGAUCCACUGUUUUCUAACGCUUUGUUUGCAAUUAAGGGGACACGAUGGCGGAAUAUGAGAGCGAUCCUUAGUCCGGCUUUUACGGGUAGCAAAAUGAGAGGAAUGUUCCAGUUUAUCACUGAUUAUUGUCAAAAAGCGAAUGACACCGUUAAAGAGAUCGUAGGUUCAACUGGAGCCAAAGAAGUCGAUAUUCGUGAUAUUUUCAACAAAUACUCCAACGACAUAAUUGCAAGCUGUGCGUUUGGUUGGGAAAUGAACGUCCUUAGGGAUGGCGAAAACGAGUUUUACCGCCAGGCUAAACAUAUGACACAUUUGAAUACAUGGCAAUGGGUAAAGUUUAUGAUGUUCAGUUCGUUUCCGCGACUAGCAAAAAUCCUACGAAUUCGACUGUUUGACCAAAUGACUACGGAUUUCAUGAGAGAAGCAGUUCGUAUCGUAAUUGAACAGCGUGAGAAGAACAAUGUUGUGAGACCAGAUUUGAUUCAUCUGCUGAUGCAAGCUCGUGAUCAGAAGCUGAAAUUUGGUGAUUUUGAUCGAGAAUCUGAGGUGAAUACUGUCGAGGAAGUCAGUUACACACCAAAUUGGACCCACGACGACUUCGUAUCACAAUGUGCCGUAUUUGUAUUUGGUGGCCUUGACACCGUGACAAAUAUUGCCUCUUUCAUGGCCCAUGAAUUGGCCAUUAAUCAGCACGUCCAGGUCAAAUUACGCGAAGAAAUCGAGUCCAUAUUGAACGAUAGAGAUGGACAAUCAGUCACUUAUGAAGACAUUCACUCCAUGGUGUACUUGGACCAAGUUCUUACAGAAACUCUUCGCAAAUGGCCCCAGGCGAUUUUCAUCGAUCGCGUCUGUACAAAACCGUAUGAUCUGAACGUUGAUGGUCGAAUGAUUUCGCUGAAGCAAGGUGACACAAUUUGGAUCCCGGCUCUUCCUAUGCACCGAGAUCCUCGCUACUUCUCAGAUCCGGAAGUUUUUGAUCCAGAUAGAUUUGCUUCAGAUCGGCGCGAUGACCUGGGCGAUUUUGUCCUUAUGGCUUUUGGGAUUGGCCCUCGGCUAUGCUUGGGUAAUCGAUUUGCUUUGAUGGAGAUCAAAACCAUGUUUUUCUGGCUUCUAACAAAGUUCGAGUUAACACGAUCUGACAAGACUCAACAUCCACCAAAGCUGGGUAAAAGUCUCAUGAUUCCGGAAGUAAAAGAUGGAUACUGGCUGAACCUGAAAUUGAGGAAAUAAACGCUUUCACACGGCAAAAGAACCAAUCUCAGUCAAUGAUGCCAAUUUAUAUGGUUUGCAACAGCAGUCCUCUUCCAGAAGAAAUUCUAGAAUGCUUUGUAAAGCAUGAACAGAGUUCUUGGAACUUUUCAAUUCGGCUCGGGAUAUUUUUUUUUCUAUAUGAAUCUUUUUUUGAAUGGAUCCUCCCAGCAUCAGUCAAAGCCAUUCACCCGAAGGAUGCAUUAUUUUAUGCGAAAGGAAAAAGAUAUCAAGAUUUUAGAACUGACGACGAGCAGAGGACUCAUUCUAAUUGCACUGAAAUUUGAUCGGUUUGCAUUCGGUAGUCGUGUUUGAUUUUCUUGCAUCCUCACACAGGUGUGCAGUUGGAAUGUUUAAGCUGGAGAGUGGCUUUUGAAUUUUAAGUUUUUUUAGUUUGAAUUUUCUACUCAUUGAAUAAAAUUAAAAAUUAGUGAGUGUUCAAGCUGGAGAGUGGCUUUUGGAUUUGCAGUUUUUUUCAGUUUGAAUUUUCUGCUCAUAGAGUCAAAUUGAAAAUCAGUGGAACACAAUACUCAUUAGACUGGCUCGUCGAAAUAUGGAAAAAUUAAAAAAUGAUCAAAUCAAACCAGAACAAAGUUUUUUUGAUACCUUUUGGGCCUCAAAACAACCCCCUAAAAUUUGGGAGCGAUUGGUUGCGUCCACACUUUGCGCAUUGCAUUUCAAUUUUGUAUGGGAUUUAGUAUGGAAAAUCUGUCUUUUUUACAUUUUGAUUUUUAUCAUUUUUAUUUUCCACAAUUUUUUUCAAACCAAUACAAUAGCGCUGAAAUUGAGAAAAUUCUCUAAAACUUUCUCCAAGAAAGUAUUCUGCUAUCUUGCUCCUGUCAAAAGAUACAGC